CUCGAGCGUUUCAGCUCUGUUUUGCGGUGCUUAAUGUAGACGGCGGCGAGAGGGCGCGGAAAUAAACUAAUCGUCUGCAGUCGCCGGACGACGAGCACCACCGGCGAAUUUUGCGUGUUGCGCGGAGGGGCUGGCAGAGUGCCGCCCGCUAUUUUGCUGCCGUGUCUGCUUCGUGUGAGAACAGUGUGCGAGCGAUCGCGCGUUGGUGUGUCCACGGCUGCAGUGCGGACAAUGCGGACGCCUCUGCGGUAACGACCACUCUCGCCCCCCCGGUAAAUUAACAUCGCGCACCCUCCAGGGCUCCAUUCGAACAGACGCGUUUCCCGGCUCUUUCUUUUUGAGCUUAAUCAAAAUGUAGAGUUUGAAUAGAAAGACUGUGCUUGCUUGUUGCUUUCCAAAAAUUGUGCAAAUUUUUCUGUGAUCUUGACAGAUCUUUUUACAGUCAGCACGUCGUAAAUCUGUCCGAUCGCGACAAAUGGUCCUGCGUCACACGUAGAAUUGCGCAUGAUGCGCGCGAAAAUCGCAGCACAUGGCCUAAAGUUGGAUGCGGGCCAGGGAGGCGUUUUUUUAAUUAUUGACGAAGAUGACGAUGACUUCGCGUGCAGGCUAUAAAAUCAGAAUAGACCAUUUCACGCGGGUUUUAAUAAGCGUGUGAAGUAGUAAAGCAGUUGUAAUGGAAGAAUAUCUCGAAUACUAGAAUCCUUUACACUCGUUAAAAAUGUAGAAUUAAAUUUACAAAUUUUCAGAAGCAAUCUUUAAAUAAAAUAUGCUUCUAGUUAAUUGGAAAAUGUACCUUAAAUUCCACGAAAUCACAAACCUAGUUUUCAUGCACGAAAGUAUAUUUGCUCCUAAGUUUGUUUUCCGCAGUUUCUUCGAUAAAAAGGGAUUAUUUUAAAAGACCAAGCUUGCUGCUUUUGUGGCGAACUCAAAACAUAGUCGCGGUAUCAGCGGAGAAAUCUCCCGGCUCUAAAGCGCUUAUGCAACCGGCACGACACGCGUGACACGCGGCUUGCCUAACCUUGAAUUCCUCUAAAUUUAGACCGCUCUCGCGAGAGCGGCGUAAGCACGACGAACGGGAAUUAAAACCAAUUGUAUUGGCAUGCAAAGUUUUUUUUUUCACUCGGAAAAAUCCAUACGAGCAGCUCUCCUGGGAUGGCGUUUUCGACUGCGGCCGAUCCGGUGAAAGAAACCCCGCGGAGAGCUUGAGAGCGUUCGUGUUAUCAUUGGUGGCAGCAGCUUUUUGAAUGCGUACUCGAAAAGAAAAAAGAGUGUAUAGGCAUGUAGAGAGACGAGCACUUGCAAAAGAGAGGCUUAUUCAAUAACAACACACAGCAGAGUGUCGCGUAUCGAUUGCAGGCUGUCGGAAUAUUAUGACGCGCGCGGUGCUCUCUCGCUAUAGCUAUAGCUCAUUAUUUGGACAUUCGGGAGAGAUAGAUAGCGGAGGAGCAGGUGCCGACUUCCUGCUAUUUUCGUUUCAUUAUAUCGCGAGCACACGCCACGCUAAACGCCACUUUCCAGCGCUUGAUGGGCUCUUGCUUCGCAGUCAAAUGACUCUUCGAGAAUAAGUAACCUGCUGAUAAAAAUGGUAAUUUCUGGCCACGUUCGAGAGUCUUCAACUAAUUAGCCGGAAAACGCGUCUGAUCAUUAAAUACGGAGAAAUGACACAGCGCACGUUCUGCCAGCAGGAAAAAAUGCGAGAAUCCGUGUGAGGUUUUUUUUACGAAACUGACAUCGGACCCAGAAAAUGGCGUCGGGCGGCGAGUGUUUGGCGCGUCCGGCGGCCAACCACUUCUUCAUGCGCUUCGAAUGGUUGUCUUUGGAUGGAAGCCCUUGCCUAAACUACACCCUAAGGGUGAACCUGGUCGGCGGCGGGGCAUCCUUCGCACAGUGCCUCGAUGAGUCCAUCGCCACGCAUCGAGCCGCGGCGGGCUCCGACGGACCCCCUUACGCAGCUCACGUGCUGGGCAUCAUAUUGGUGCUCUUUUGCGUUGUGCUGGGGGCCGUGGUGGCCCGGAGGCGGCCGUGGGGCGGUUGCAGACGCGGAAAAACGUGCUGGAGGCGGCGGUCCGUCAGUCCGGCGCCGAGCACCACCAACAGCAGCUUUAGCAGCCGAAGUUCCUCCAGCGCCUCCAGCGACGAGGCCAGCUUGCACGAAACGCCUACAAACAUCCCCUUCUUGUCAGAGCCAUGGAAGUCGACAGAGAAGACGGACGAAGACGAAGAUGUGAUACACAACUCCGAGGACGACGAACAGGAAGACCCAAAAGACUACUGCAAAGGUGGGUACCACCCGGUGUCAAUCGGCGACCUCUUCCACGGCAGGUACCACGUGGUGCGCAAACUUGGCUGGGGCCAUUUCUCGACCGUCUGGCUUUGCUGGGAUCUGAUAGCAAAGCAGUUUGUGGCCCUCAAGGUGGUGAAGAGCGCCUCCCACUAUACAGAGACCGCCCUGGACGAAAUCAAAUUGCUCAAAUGUGUGCGUGACAGUGACGCGAGUGAUCCGAAAAAAGACAAAACGGUGGCUCUGCUGGACGACUUCAAGAUCUCUGGGGUCAACGGCACCCACGUUUGCAUGGUUUUCGAAGUGCUGGGCUCAAAUUUGCUGAAGCUGAUCAUCAGGAGCAACUACCAGGGUAUUCCGCUGCCGAACGUAAAGGCCAUCAUCAGACAGGUGCUUGAGGGUUUGGACUAUUUGCACACCAAAUGCAGGAUAAUCCACACAGAUAUCAAGCCAGAGAACAUUUUGCUCUGCGUCUCGCACAGCUAUAUUCAAAAGUUGGCUUCGGAUGCGACGCAGUGGCAGAAGAUGGGACUCAAGCUGCCUGGAUCUCUAGUAUGCACGGCGCCGACCCUGAAAGAGGAGAAGCUCAGCGUGUCAGCCGUGUCGGUGGUGGAGAGCGGCAUGCUAACGCCGCCGGCGCGUCUGCCUUUCCAGCGGGCCACCCUGAGGCGGAAAAAACUGAAGCGGAGGCCCAAGGGCCAGUGCUCACUGGUGGAGCAAGAGAUGCGGGGCACCGGUUCCGAGGGCGACUGCGAGUCGGACAACGGCGGCAUCAGCGACCGAUUGUCUGACCGCAGCAGCAGCGCCCUCGGCGCGCUCACCUCCUGGGAGUUGCCCAGCGAAAGACUGCUCAGCUCCAGCAUCAGCGCCGGGGCCAUCAUAUCAUCUGUUAGGUCGCUCAUUCAGGGCUCGUCGGACAGCUCGGACGGUCGCAAGCUGAAGAAUUUUAUAGGCUUGGAAAAUAGGCGGAGUUUCGCAGAAAUGGAGCACGCCGAGGUGGUAGCUUGCGCUCCGAACCAAGAGAAUCCCGCAGAGCUGUGCAACGGGCACGCGACGGCCAGGGAGCGCAUCCCGCUGAACCGCAGCGAGAGCCAAGCCAUGGAGGACACUAAACUGCCCAACACGCUGCUUCCUGAAGGCCACACAGACAACACAUUCCGAAGGGUGGCGUCCUGUCCUGACCACAGGUCGCACAUCAUCGCCCAUCCUGACCCCGCUUUCGAGGCGUGUGACGUUAGAGUCAAAAUCGCAGACCUUGGAAACGCUUGCUGGGUGGAUCACCAUUUCACUGAAGACAUUCAAACGAGGCAGUACCGCAGUUUGGAGGUUUUGUUAGGCUCUGGCUACAGCACCCCCGCUGAUAUUUGGAGCACGGCAUGCAUGGCUUUUGAGCUGGUUACCGGAGAUUUUCUUUUCGAGCCACACUCGGGCGAUGAUUACUCGCGAGACGAGGAUCACCUAGCACACAUCAUGGAACUGCUUGGAAUUAUUCCAGAGCACAUCAUUUUUGGCGGAAAAUACUCAAGAGAGUUUUUCAAUAAAAAAGGAGAUCUCCGGCACAUCACAAAAUUGAAGCCAUGGCGCCUGCUUGACGUGCUGACCGAAAAGUACGAAUGGGACCAAUCAGCCGCCCAGCAGUUUGCCAGUUUCCUGCUACCGAUGCUUGCUUUCGACCCUGACGAAAGGGCAACCGCUGCUGAGUGUCUCCGCCACCCUUGGCUUCUCGACUCUUCGUGAGGCACCUGUCCUCUUAUUAACGCCUCGCCAGGUGGUCGCGAUUUCUUUCCAGAAGGACAAUUGAUCGUAAUUUAAUAAUACGGCCGACCAAGAGCCGUGGAAAAAUUCUCGUUUUUAAAAUUGCAAAAUUACCGUGAGCUACUUGGUCUGGUCAAGAUGCAAAAAGCGAGUUUACUACUUUUACUCUCACAAAUAAAACUCUAUAUGAAUGAGAACCACGUGCGCAAUUUCUAAAAAGCUCUCAUAUUUUUGUAGAUGAUCACUUUGGAAAAUAUUCUCAUAUCAUUCUCAUUGCUAUACGACUGUUUGAUAUAUAUACAUGCUGUAUGAUUAUUUACAAGAGACCCCGGAUCACUACUUUUCACCUCAAGGGGAAAUCUACACAUCAAAAUCUGGAGAACCAAUUUCAGUUUCUCUUAUAAAUCAAGAUUUCUCCUUGACAAACUUGCUCUUUCACUCUUCUGCUUUCCUCAAUCAGCAGGGUAAAAAUAUAAUUAUAGACAUCAGACUAUCAAGUCCGCAAAAAUCUGCUCCUUCUCUCUGUGAACAAUCUAAGAAUCUCAGUAGGUUUGUGUAUAUGGGCUCUUCUAUUAUAAUAACUGUUAUUAGAGUAAAUAACAACCCUCAAACUGUCCGGCUGUCCCACAUCUUAAUUUGACCGUAAGCGAGCUGUGCUGUUAUCAUUUUAAAUUAUAUUUUUGGUUCGUUCUUUUCGUACUAGCUGCGGAAAAUAAUCCUCUUUACUAUGUUGUGUUAUAUUGAUUUUUGAAAUGCAUUGAUGGCAAUACUUGUUAAACUAGUAGACAUAACAAACCAAAGCACCACUAUCAUUUUUGUAUUUAGAGGUCAGAACUGCAAAAUAUAUAAAUCAAUGGGAAAAAGUAA